AUGAAACAUCGUAAACUUAUCAAUAUGAAAAGCCAUGACAAUCAUAUCCUCAUGCAAGACAUCCUUCUAGUUGCUUUAAGAGCAUCAAAUGCUACAAAAGUUAUUGACUUGAUUGAGGAGUUGUCUUGCUUUUUUAAGAAGAUAUGUUCAACUUCUAUUGAUACCAAAGAGUUAGAUGACAUUCAAUCCAAGCUUGUUUUAACUCCUUGUAAGAUGGAACAAGAGUUUCUACCAACAUUUUUCACAAUCAUGGUUCAUGUAUUGAUUCAUUUAGUGGAUGAGGUCAGACUUGGAGGACCAGUUCAUUACAGAUGGAUGUAUCCGGUUGAAAGGUUCAUCAACAUGAGUUAUCGUAGCAAACGAACAAGGGCAGCAACUGCAUCUGAUGCUGAAGCUAAUGGUAGAUGGGGACCAUUUAACCCUCCAAACAUCAUCAACACCCAAGACCUCCCUUCAUCUUCUACUACUAACACAAGUACACAACCUCCACCCCAAAAAAGGAAUCCUAUAUGGAAGAAACCAAUCAAUGUACCAACUCCACCAAGCAUUACUAACACUCAAGACCUCCCUUCAUCUUAUACUACUACACAACCUCUGCCCCAAAAAAGCAAUCAUAAUCGGAAGAAGCAACAUGAUGUACCAAAUUCUCCUAGCAUCACUAACACACAAGGCCUCCUUUCAUCUUCUACUACCAACACAAGUGCACAUCCUCCACCUCAAAAAAACAAUCCUAUAUUGGAUAAGGCACUUAAUGCAACUUUCCAUCCAAGCAUAACUAACACUCAUGGAUUUCCUUCAUCUUCUACACAAAACACCUCUAAUAUUCCCCCUAAAUUUCCACCUUCGAAGCUAUCAAAACCACCUAAAUUCCCUUCCACCUCCCAUACUUCUCAUCAACCAUGGGAAGAAGAAAUGCAAGGUGCUCCUACAGAAUAUUCACCCAUAGAAAAUAAGGAUAAACAAAAGCAUGCAUGUGAUGAAACAACAAAGGAAAAAUCCAAAAUAUUCAAGCUUCGACGUCGCGCAUUGCUUCCUGAAUGGCUUAGUACAAUUGAUUAUGAUGACAAGGAGGAGGUUCUAACCAUUGAUGCUGAUGGUAAGAAGCAGUUAGUUAGUGGUCACGUUCCGCUAAUUGAGGUCUGGAAUAACAAUAAUGGAGUUAAAUAUGUUGUGAACUUUAAUGAGUUAUGUCAACCGAUUCGGAAAGGUGGGCAUAUAUUGGUCCAAUUCCUUCGUAGCAUUGCAAAGGAGGAGCGUUAUUGCCCACUUUUAGAAAAGACUUGGCAUGAGUUAGACCAGUCUUUUAAGGCAUACAUCAGUAAAUUAAUAAGGGAUCUCUUUGUGAUCCCCAAUGAGGAGAAGUAUUACACCCAAGCUCUACAGCGUGUUGAUAAAGUUUGGAGGGGUUAAAACAUGAUCUUAAGAAACGAUACUUCAAACCAGCUGAAAAAUCAAUAAGAGAAAUUUGUGAUAAUCCCCAAAUGGAGUAAGCAAGAAUAAUUGGGUUAAUUUGGUCAAGUACUGGAAUUCCGAGAAAGGGAAAGAAUUGUCUGAGAUCGGAAAAGAAGCACGAGCAUCUUUGAACCAAAUUCAUAAUUCUGGUGGUACAAGUUUUGCAAAUAGACCUGCUUAUUAUGAAGAUGAGCACGGAGAAGAAAUGAGCCUAUAUGAACUUUGGCAAAAAUGUUAUAGAAGGAAGGAUGGGACUUUUUUUUAAGGCACAUAUACAGAAGAGCUUCUGAAAGAUGUUAAGGCUAAGGCUGAAAGCUUAAAGCUAGCAGAUCCUUCUGGUUCUAAGUCGCGUAUAGACAUAGAGAAUGAGGCUUUUGAGGCUACACUGUAUGCUGGUCAAAUUCCAGAAAAACCACUAGGCUAUGGAUUUGGAGUUCGAAAAGGAGACAUUCAUGGUGUGCGUGGUGUACUUAGAAAAGAAGGGAUUGGGAAAAGAACAAGAGUGGUAGAAAUGGACAACAUGAUAGUGGAGGUGUUAAGUUUGAAGGAAGAAAAUAAGGAACUUCAUAAGAAAAAUGAAGAGAUAAAAGAAAAGUGUGAUGAGAAUGCAAAGCUACUGAAUACAAUGACAACACUAUUUUCACAGGUUUUAGAAUCGUUUCGUAGUGGAGAAGGUUCGUCACAACUUUUGGAUGCUGCACAACUAGCCUUACGUAUGGCUAACCCUCGGGUGUCUGAUGACUCUGUAGACUAUGGAGGCGGAAGAUAUGAAUCAAGGGAUGCUUAGCUCGUUUAAUCAUCGACUCAGAUUAAGAAACUUUUAAUUAAAUUAAUUGGCUAGAUUUGAAUGGUUUUGGAGAUGACUAUCAAGAUUCAAGUUGAAGAUCGUAUAUUUUAGCUUUGAUGUUGUCUUUUGGAUUUUGAUAUUAGCUAACAAUAAUUAUGAAGUAGUUAAAACAUAUUAUUAGAUAACCUUUAUGGUACGGUGAUGUACUAUGUUAGACUAUAUUUUGGACGUACUAUUAUUAUUAUAUUACCAAGCCUCUUAAUAUGUGUA